AUGUCUGCUGCUCGUUUGACACGCCCGACAUAUCAAGUGUCGCUUGUAUCGAAAACUGGACUACUCGGAACUCCAAGCGUUGUGUUAGAGCUGAUGGUCAACCAUGAGGAAUUGCCGAUGCAGAUUACUUUUCAUAUUCACCUCAGCGGCACUCGAAUGCUGGCGCUUCAGAACCGCAUAAAUAACAAUGCGACCGCUAAUGCCGCCUCCGCCGCCGUCAACCCGAUCGCUGGCACUCAACUUUGGCCCGUUCCUGCUGACAAACGGAAGACGGCUUCAUUUGAAGAAAUUCACAACAACGGAAACGACAGCAAGGACACAAGGAUGACGGAACACAAGAUUGCUCUUCUGUCUUCGAUGCCGUGUUUGACGAAGCCCUGUCGGGAUAUGAGGUCGGUAGAUUAA